UUGUGACUUAUUGAAGUCCGGACGCCGUGCGAACUCCGCGCGUAAUAAUUUCUCUUCUUUGGGUCAGUUCUCGCUCCCCCUCUCUCUCGAGACUCCAUUGCUGAAGGAGCCAAAGCUUGAGAUUCCAAUCCCUCGAGCUCUCUCCCUUCUUCUCCAUUGCUGAAGAAGCCAAAGCUUGAGAUUACAAGCUCUCUCUCUCUCUUCUCUCUCUCUCUCUCUCUCUCUCUCUCUCUCUCUCUCUCUUUCGGCCGGCCACUCCGUUGCUGAAGAAGCCAAAGCUCGAGAUUCCAAUCCCCCAACCUCUUACCCUCUUUCGUUCUACAUCCCCCUUGUAACCGGCGUGCUUUGAGACUUUAUCCAUAGGAUUAUUGGAGCGAUUAUAUUCGAUUGAUUCGUUUACAUGGAUGGAAAGCUGAGGCUUGCCCUCGGUUUCUACCAAAAUUUCCACGGUUUCCCUCUCCUGGUGAUUUUCUUGAGCUCGGAGGGAAUGGAUGAUCUGGAGCGCCUAGGCCGGCGGUUCUAGCUCAACAAUUUAGGAUUCUUCUUGUUUUAUCGUGGUUUCCGUUGAUGGAUAUUGAAGAUUCUUACUUCGCACUACUUAGCUGGAGUGAUCGGGGUUACUCCGUUAGCAAUCUGCCUUCCGGUCCAACAGGGAAUGUUUUCCUUUUGGGGGCUCUUACAGAUUUUACUCUAGUGAAUAGUUGGAAUCUUUAGCCAAGACAGGUCUUCCAGAUUCUCCUGUAUUUUGUAGGCGGGGAAAAGGAUUGAUCUUCUUCUCUUCAUCAGCUGGAAAGGAGGAAAUUGUUGAAGCUAUUCUGGAAAUUCUGAGCCUUUUAUUCACUUAUGCCAUUCUGAGUGAUUUUCCAUGAGCUAUCACAAGCUUCCACAAAAAUUAUCUUUACUUCUCCUACUGAUCACGACUCUGGUUGCUGCAGACCUGAAUGAUGACAAGCAAGCCCUCCUUGCUUUUGCGGCAGCCAUCCCACAUGGAAAAAAGCUCAACUGGAGUUCUAAUAGCUCAGUUUGUUCUUUGUGGGUUGGAGUCAGAUGUGCACCAGACAGAAGCCGUGUUGUUGCUCUAAGGCUUCCAGGAAUUGGUCUCCUCGGUCCAAUUCCUGCAAAUACGUUAGGAAAGCUUGAUGCCCUUCAGGUUUUAAGCCUCCGCUCUAAUGGCCUUUUUUCAAGUAUUCCUCCAGAUGUCCCAUCUAUUUCUUCUCUGCGCUCUCUUUUCCUUCAACACAAUAAUUUGUCUGGUGGUAUACCCACAUUACUUGCAUCAGGCAUUACAUUUUUUGACCUCUCUUUUAACUCCUUCACGGGAGGAAUCCCCUUAGAGAUUCAGAAUCUGACCAAGCUAAAUUCAUUAUAUUUACAGAACAAUUAUCUCUCAGGUCCCAUUCCUGAACUAAAGUUAGCAAAACUACAGCAUUUAAAUUUCAGCUUUAACAACCUUAGUGGCCCUAUACCAAUCUCCCUCCAAAAGUUCCCCAAGGAGUCCUUCCUUGGAAAUUCAUUGCUAUGUGGUCCUCCUUUAGAGCAAUGCCCUGGAGUUCCCCCUUCGCCGUCACCAUCACCAUCACCAUCACUCUCACCCUCGCCCUCGCCCUCGCCCUCACCCUCACCCUCACCCUCACCCUCGCCAUCAGUAAGUCCUGAAGAACACAAGAAAGGUUUCUGGAAAAGGUUAAGUUUGAAGGUUGUAAUUGCGAUUUCUGCUGGCGUUUUGGCCCUGAUGCUGCUUAUAGUAAUUAUUCUCUUGAUAUGUAUUUUGCUGAGACUAUGUAGGGGAGGUAACAGACCUUCUAAGGAAAAGGUUAUUAUUACUGGUGCAAGAAGUGUAAAGACUAAAGAGGACUACAGCAGUGCGGUUCAAGAAACUAAGAAGAAUAAAUUAUCUUUCUUUGGGGGAUCUUCUCAUGCCUUUGAUUUGGAGGACCUGCUGAGAGCAUCUGCUGAAGUUCUUGGCAAGGGAAGCUAUGGAACAACAUACAAGGCUGUUCUUGAGGAUGGAACUAUAAUAGUGAUUAAACGGCUAAAGGAAAUGGUGGUUGGUAAGAGGGAGUUUGAACAACAGAUGGAGAUAAUAGGAAGGAUUGGGCCACAUCCAAAUGUCUCACCGCUCCGUGCUUAUUACUACUCCAAGGAUGAAAAGCUUCUUGUUUAUGAUUACAUUCCGACUGGCAGUUUCUCGACCUUAUUACAUGGGAACAACAGAAGCACUGAGAGGACCCCUUUGAACUGGGUCUCACGCUUUAAAAUUGCACGAACAGCAGCACUAGGCUUAGCACACCUUCAUGCCGAAGGCGAUGGAAGGUUUGUCCAUGGAAAUAUCAAAUCCUCUAACAUUCUAGUCACUCAGGAAAGCCAUGCCUCUCUCAUCGACUUUGGCCUGGCCUCCAUUAUGAGAACGCCUGCUUCUUCCUCCCGAGUUGCAGUCGGAUACCGCGCUCCAGAAACCAUUCAAUCACGAAAAUUUACUCAGAAAUCAGAUAUUUAUAGCUUCGGAGUUCUACUUCUUGAGAUGUUAACAGGCAAAGCUCCUCUUCUAUCCUCAGGAGGUGAUGAUAUUGCUGAUUUGCCGAGAUGGGUUCAGUCUGUAUUGAGAGAAGAAUGGACCGCUGAAGUUUUUGAUGUGGAGCUGAUGAAGUAUCAGAAUAUUGAAGAAGAGCUUGUUCAAAUGCUUCAAAUUGCAAUGGCCUGUGUUGCGAAAGCUCCAGACCAACGCCCUAAGAUUGAGGAGGUGUUGAGAAUGAUCGAAGGAGUAAGGUUGUCUGAGUCUCAGAAUAGGCCAUUCUCAGAGGAUUAGUUUCAAAGACUUUGAUUUUUAAACGUCAUGAAAUGUUGAGAGGUGGCAAAUAGAGAGAUUUUUUUCUUUUCUUUUCUUUUUUCAGCCAAUUGUUUUCACAUUAUUUAGUCAUUUUUUUGUGCAGAAUUUAGUAAAUGUAUUCAUGCUUGGUGAGGCUUCCUAAAAAGUGUGUUCAUUUGCCUCACUUUUAGCUCGUGUUGGGCUUUAUAUUUGUCUUAAAAGCUUUAAAAUUUUCAUAAACGAUUUUAUUGGUGAGCCCACUUGUUUUUAUUUCUGAGUUAAA